UGGUUCAUAGGAUAUUCUGUACUCUUAUCCUCUCUCUCUCUCUCUCUCUCUGAAGCGUAUAUCCUCAUUGCUUAACAGGCAGCGAGAAUUAUUCUUGCUAUUUUAUUUUUUACGUUAACGUAUGUUAGCUGCAGGAAGGGGAAGAAUCGAAGGGAAUAGAAGUCGCUUCUAGGUUCUGGUUAUUCCUUUAAUUAAUUCAUGAUUUGUCAUUGAUUGUUGGGGAAUUUUUUCAAUCUCGCUGACGACGAGGAGGUAGUUCUAAAGGAAAAGGAAUAGCUAAAAGAGGGAAAGCAGAAUGACCAGCGGCACAAGUGGCAGAGGUGGGAAAAGGGCAGCAGCAGCAGCAGCGCUGCAGAAGGACGUGCCAUGGAGAGCUUCUCCAAGUGGGAAGCCAGUUCCCAAGAUACACCACUCUCCCAUUCUACGUGUGCCCCAGAACCCCACCUCCAAUUACGCCCUUGCUGUCAUGAAGCACCCCGAUCCAAUAGGAGCAGGAUUCGCAAUGGAAGCUACGCUGGAAGCAGCAGGACCUGAUUGCUUGGUCCCUGGUCAGAUUACACCCAUUCGCCUAUUGGGUUUGAAGGUAUGGCCUAUUAAUAUCAACAUGAAAUUCAUGGAACCUGUUGAACGGGAGCUCAGAACCAUUGGAAAGUUUAUGGAUUCAGCUUUCAACCUUAUGAAUGCAUCAUUUACAGAUCGUUGAGAGUUUGGUUAUCUGAUCUAGUAGGUUGGGGCUACGGGCUCAGGUUGCAUUUAAAUCAUGUUAUAGGAUGAGCUGCAGUUUUGUCAUCAGUAGCCUCAUCGUGUAGUUCUUUCAACAGCUAUAUUUGUAAGAAACAUAGUUGAGAAGAUAUAUUUUGUUCUUUUAUCAUGAAGUGCUUGCCACAAAAUCAAACAUUUAAACUAAAAAUUGUGUAUAUUUGAUAUUAAACAGAAUAAGUUGGUCUAAACACUUAGCAUUGCUUUCUUGACUACUGGUUUUGGUCAGCAA